AUGGGCUUAUGCCUUUGUAAGAGGAAGCGUACGAAUAGCGGCAGUUCCACGAUUAGUGUUCACGCUUCUUCAUUGAGACCAAUACCUGGGGGUGUGCGGCAGAGAUCUUCGAACGACUGCGAGUCUAUUCAUUCUCAGUUAUCAUCGCCAUUUUCUUAUGGUGAUGAUCGAUCAGCAAUGAGUUUAGCGAUCGUUGUCAAAGAACUCAUUCAGCAAAUACUGCAGUUGAUCAGAACCCUCGUGAGCAAUGAACAAGAACCACCAAUGCCGUUGUUAAAGUUGAAUCUUAUUGCCGAUAAAGAAGGUGGUUGGGUAUUAGUGGUUAUCUGUCUCAUCGAAGCAGUACCAGGCGAAGAUGCUCUUGGACCGGCUGUUAUAACUCUAUUUCUUGAUGAAGGUCCUUUACCUACAAAAGAAACAGUAACACGUUUAGUAUCUCGUCUGCGAUUGGACGAGGCUGGUAACUUGCAACUUUCACCAGUGCUACAUCGAAAUAUUUGUAUCGUGUUGGGAUGUCUUGCUGAAAAAUUGGCUGGUGCAAGCAGUGUACAUAUAUGCACAAAUACUGCUCUUAAUUACAUUUUCGAUAAUCUUAAACCAGAUCGUGAUACGGAAGUUAUUAUGUAUGCACUGAUUGCACUUGAAAAGUUUGCACAAACAAGUGAAAAUCGAUUGACUAUAUGUCGACGAUUGGAAAAAUACAACGAAAAUCCUCUUAUGGUGAGACCUAUUCACGUACUCGAAAGGUGGCUUGAUCAUUCAGAAUCAAAAAAUGAUUUCUUAAAGCAGCAGGUUGCGUUCUGUGCUCAGUGGUCACUCGAUAACAUAUUUGUGCAUGAGAAACGUGAAUUUUCCUAUCUGAAAUGUGACGUAUCUAACAUCGGUGCUAUGUUGAAUCACGAAGAUGUUAGCGAAUAUCUCAAAAUUGCUUCAAAUGGACUUGAGGCUCGAUGUGAUGUGUCAUCAUUUGAAUCAGUGCGAUGCACAUUUGAAGCGAUAGAAGGGAUAUGGUUCUAUGAGGCAUUAAUCCUUACACCAGGUGUUAUGCAAAUUGGUUUCGCAACCAAGCAAAGUCGCUUUUCAAAUCAUGAAGGAUUUGGUAUUGGAGAUGAUGAUUGCUCAAUAGCGUACGAUGGUUGUCGACAAUUGAUAUGGUAUAACGCACAGUGCCAAAAGCAUGAACAUGAUCCUUGGAAAGCUGGUGAUUAUCUGGGUUGCCUUCUGAACAUUUCUGAUGGCUAUGUGCAGUUUUACCUGAAUGGACGUGGUUUAGAAGUACCAAAUCGUGAUUUUAUACGAGCACAAUUGUCAAAUAAGGAAACGAUUGGAUUCUUUGCGGCUGCAUCAUUUAUGAGUUUUCAGCAGUGUCGGUUUAAUUUUGGAAAUGAGCCGUUCAAAUAUCCACCGCCGUCUGUGAAUUUCAAGACAUUCAACGAAUACGGUAGUCUGUCUGAGGAGCAAAAAACCAUUCUUCCAAGGCGUCGAAAAAUGGAAUUAUUAUCGCAAGUUUCAAUACCGGAUGAUUCGUGUCACAUAUGCUAUGGACAUGCGGUUGAUACAAUACUUGAACCUUGCGGACAUAGUGGAAUAUGUUUAGUGUGUUCUCAACAACUAGAACUAUGUCCACUAUGUCGUGUACCAAUCAUACAACGCAGUCCAAUUCCAAAACGCAUCUCAAUAAGCGAACGUAAAUCAACUUUUAUAAAUAAACGAUUGGGCACAUUAGUGUGA